AUGGCGCCCUCAGUUGUUGAUCCAGUCCAUGACACAGUCAUCCCGCUGGCCAACCCAAAAUCGAAGACUGUGGUGCUUGACCAUGACAAUGUGCCUAAGCCAGUGGCUGAUAACUUCAUGUACGAUUUCAAGUUCAAUCAUCGCCUUCCGACUACCGACGUCCUCGGCUUGGAUAUUCCUACCAAUUGCAAUGCUCAAAACGAAGCUGAAGGCAUUGUCGCUCGUCUCUCUGAGGCAACUGCAAAGGCAGAUGCCCAUGCAUUCUCUGACCUCUUCCUCGAAUAUGGUGUGUGGCGUGACAAGUUAUCUUUCACUUGGGAUCAUCGAACAUUCAACUUCCGGGACGCGAUUUUCAAAGCUGCCUCCGACUUGUUAGCCCAAACAGCUGCAACCAAAUUUACUUUCCUCAACCCCGCACCAAAAGUCGAUCGUCCUUACGACGAUUUCUCACAAUUACAGUUUGUCGUUAGAUUUGAGACCAAGCUGGUCUUUGCAUCGGCUGUCAUUAAUGCAGUUCUUACUCAAAAUGGCUGGAAGAUCUACACCAUGCAUACUGUUGCGGAGGGUCUUCUGCAAUUCCCAGAGCGCGCGGCUCCAGACGGGCACAUGACGGGUGUCACCAGCUGGGAAGCCCAAAGAGUUGAGACUGUUGAUAAAGCCGAUCCCGAAGUCUUGAUUAUUGGUGGAGGUCAGAAUGGUCUUGCUACAGCGGCGCGCUGCAACAUGCUCGGAAUGAACACCCUUAUCAUCGAACAGAGUAACGAAAUCGGUGAUGUGUGGAAGAAGCGCUAUGAAUACCUCUCGUUGCACUUUCCGCACUGGCCUGAUGCGCUUCCAUACUUUAAAUAUCCCGAGCACUGGCCUACAUAUACUCCAGCACAGAAGCAAGGCCUGUAUAUGUCGUGGUAUGCCUCUGCACUUGAGCUUAAUGUCUGGACUAGUUCUACAGUCAUCAAGGCCGAGGAGCAUAAUGGUGAUUGGACUAUAACAGUCAAUAAGCAGGGCGAGACUCGUACACUUCACCCGAAGCACGUCGUUAUGUGCACUUCGCUUUGCGGCCUUCCAUCAACCCCGAAUACACCUGGCAUGGCUGAUUUCAAGGGUGUUAUCCGCCAUUCCACUGCUCACACCACCUCACGUGGUUUCAAAAAGGUCUGUGUCGUUGGCACGUCUUCAUCGGGAUUUGACACAGCCUACGAAUGUGCGCGUUUGGGUAUUGAUGUUACUCUCCUGCAACGAUCACCCACGUAUAUCAUGUCCUUGGCUCACUCAGUCCCCCGCUUACUAGGUGCCUACGCCCCUCGCAAGGAUGGGAGCCGUCCAGAUAUGGAAGAGCAAGAUCGACUCUUCUUCAAUAUGCCUACCGGUCCUGGAGAAGAAAUGGGCAGGCGUAUGGCUAAAACUCUGGAAGACUUGGAUAAACCAUUACUUGAAGCUUUGAAUGCUCGGGGACUACGAACCUGGCGUGGCCAGCGUAGCACUGGUACCACGACUCUUGGGAUGACUCGCAAUGGAGGGUUCUACUUCGACGCUGGUGCGUGUGAGGAAGUAGUCAAUGGCAACAUAAAGGUUGAACAAGGUUAUAUCGAGCGCUUCACAGAGGACAGGGUCGUUUUGAGUGGCGAGCCUGAGCGGGAGCGAGAUUUUGACCUAGUUGUGUUCGCUACAGGCUUCUCUAACACGAUUGACUCAAUCCGAGCAACCCUUGGUGAGAAGAUUGCGAGCCAGGUCGGACCAAUCUGGGGUAUUGAUGAAGAGGGAGAAUACAAGACGGCUUUCAAAGAGACUGGUGUAAAGAAUCUGUGGCUUAUGGUGGGCUUCCUUCCCAUGACCCGUUACGCUUCGAGGCCACUGGCUUUGCGCUUGAAGGCUUUGAGUGAAGGCAUCUCACCACCACCAUACAAAGUUUGA